UCUGCCGUUCUCCAACCAUAUUGCCUUUCUAGCUAACCGACUAGCAGCGGUCCAGGUGUAUGAAGCUCACACAGUGAUGUCCCUCCCUCUCAAUACAUGUUGAUUUCAGAAACUUAACACGGAAUAGGCUCUGGGUUUCUUUUAGCGGUCACACCACAAGCAGGACGACAUCACUUUGGCAAGAUGACGACGCGGUCGGAGAGAGAGAAAGCUCUGAAACUGAACGAGCAGCACCAGGUCAUCCUGUCUAAAAUGCUCAGGGAAGAGGAAAACAAGUAUUGCUGUGACUGCGAGGCGAAAGGUCCGCGGUGGGCGUCCUGGAACCUGGGGGUGUUCAUGUGCAUCCGCUGCGCCGGGAUCCAUCGCAACCUGGGGGUCCACAUCGCCAGGGUCAAGUCUGUGAAUCUGGACCAGUGGACCCCGGAACAGAUCCAGAGCAUGGUGGACAUCGGGAACAGACGGGCCCGCCUGAUGUACGAGGCCCACCUCCCAGAGAGCUUCAGACGGCCCCAGACGGACCAAGCCAUGGAGGUCUUCAUCCGGGACAAGUACGAGAGGAAGAAGUACUACGACAAGGACGCGGUCACCGCGCCACCGAAGUCAUCAGAGGUGUCACCUCCCACCACCGUCUCUCAGAGCACUGACAAGAACAGACAGGAGAGGGAGCAGAAGAGGAGGGAGGAGAAGAGGCGGGAUAAGGACUGUGAUAGAGCCGAAAGGCCCAACGGCUCAAAGAAGAGGGUGGAGCUGCAGUCUGAGUCGCGGGCCAGCCCUAAGAAGAGAGCCGAGCCGUCUGUCGACCUGUUGGGUCUAGAUGCACCUGAGAAUUCCGCUGGAUCGGGAACUGGUGGUGGUGUGAGUGCUACUGGUGGCAGUGUACCAAUCAGCGAUGACCUGGACAUCUUUGGACCAAUGGUGUCCAACCCCCUGCCCUCUUCUGGCAACGCACACUCCAAUCAGGCUGGCUCUGUUCAGGCAGAUGCUGCCAACUCUUCAUCCACCACCACCGCCACCACCACCGCCAAAGCCGAAGAAAAGAAGACUUUGUCUAAGGACUCCAUCUUGUCUCUGUACGCCACCAGCUCAAUGGCCGGAGCGACACAGAGCCAGCAUCAGCCUGCUGCGGGGCAAGGCAUGUUCAUGGGCCAGCCCCAGAUGCAGUACGCCGCCCAGGGCUACAACGGGGGGAUGGGCGGGGGCGCGGGCAUGAUGCCCGGCAUGGCGGUGCCCAACGGGGGCUACAUGGCCAUGGGUCAGGGCAUGCUGCCCCCAGGAGUGGCGCAGGGUCAGGGCAUGUACGCCAUGCCCCAGCAGCAAGCACAGUGGAACAUGAACCAGAUGACUCAGCAGAUGUCGGCCAUGGCGGCAGGCGGAGGGGCCGGUGCUGGGGGCGCGGCGAUGGGGGCCCCAGGGGCCUUCGGCCAGCCGGCCCCCAUGACGGGCUGGUCGGCCCCCCCGCCCUCUGGCCAGACCCUCAGCACCCAGCUGUGGAAGUGAAGCGUGGCCCCGGGAGUGUUGGCGGGCUGAGGGGGUGAAGCAGCCCACCCAUCUAAUACUGCCCUUGUCUCUCUCUCUCCACACGCACACAGACACAUACACAGAAACAUAAUCAUAGACAUACACAGACGCAAUCGUAUUCAUACGCACACACACAGAUAUUGGUACACAUACAAAGACACGCGCAUAUUGAUACAGUCACACACACAGAUAUUGAUACAAACACGCAGAGAGAUAUUUAUACACACACACACACACACACACAUUCAUAUACACAAUAAGCAUAAUGAAAAGAACGCACAAGAGGCGCUGUCUAGCGCUCUCACCCCUUCUUCUUCUUCUCCUCCUCAUCCUCCAUUCCGAGCCCUCCCUCCAGCAGUCACGGGCUCUCCCUGUUAGAGACCAAACAGCAGCUCUCCUCUCCUGCUGUACUCAAUACGAACUUUGACCUUUCCUGGCCGUGUUUCUUUUUCAAAGUUGUGGACGACAAAAGCCCCCCCCCCCCCCCCCCGGCGCCCACAACAUCCUACCCAAUAUAAAAGAAAAAGAGCCACAAACGAGCAGCCAGACCUCGUGGUUAGUGGUGUCCUCUGGUAGGGCCUCUCGGAUUGACCCCCUCUGCCUAUGAGAUCACACCGCACUCACAAUGUCUAUUACUAAUCCAUUAUAGCCUAUCAUGAAUAUAGUCUUUCUCUGAAGAAAUAGUGAAUAGUAGCGCGAUAGUUUUUAAAUGCCUAGGCUUAUGGUUGCCCCUCUGUUGUCAGUCGACUCCCCUUGCUGUCCCCGACUCAUUCUCUCCCUAGCCCCGCCCCCUCCACUCCCCCCCCCCUAUCCGUGCGGCUGAUCAAUAAUUAGUAGCCAAUAAUCGUCUCUAAAGUACUGUAUCAACGUGAACCCAGUGUGAACGUCUGUGGAGACCCGUAAAAGAGAGAUUCCUCCGCUUUACACGCUUGACUUGUUCAUGUGUUGCCCUUUUCUCCCCCCCCCCCCACACAAGUUUAAUUAACGAGGGUGUUCGUCCUGAAUGGCUUUGAUUCAGGUCGACUCGGCCUGCCGAUAGGCAUUAAAAACAACUCAACAAAAGAAGGCACAAAACAACAUUCAGACGUAGGAGACAAGAUUGUCUAGUCCUUAACCAACUCAGAGCAGCUACACCGUGGACUCUCGCGCCCCCCCCCCCACCCCUCCCUAGUAAUCAUGGACCGCCUGUAGCGUUAUUACUGAGGGAGAAAUGUCUUUCUAAACGACUGGGAGCUAGAUGAGAUGAAUGUGGGUCCCGACCUAUUUAAAGCCCUCCCCAGGUGCGGGGCGGACCUCAAUUCGGCGUGCGUCCCGAGGCAGUGGCACAGCGCGAGCAUCCUACAGCCCUCCAUCACAGCCCUCUAGGGAGCACGCCAGUACGCCAGUCGUCAGUCUAGUUUGUGUCCACGUGCGCCCCGGCUCCUCGUUGGUUAGAUGUUGAAAAUGAUCAUGUUCGGCUUUACCUGCAUCAUAGCGUCUUUGUUUUAUUUUUUUCAUCAUUUGGGAUUGUUAUCCUUCUUGUGUUUUAAACGUUUUUUCCUCCAUGCCUUUUAUUUAUUUUAUUUGGGAGCGUUCAUGUCCGCACUGUAGUGUCGGUGGAGAGUCUGAUCCAGGGUAUAUACAUUAGGCUGGACUCGCUUUGCUGUUUUUCUUUUUUUUUUUUUUUUUUUUUACUCUGCCCGGUCGGUUUGUGUUGUUUUUUUGCGAUGUGUAUCCGUGCUGAUUUUAUUCUUCGCAAUGCAAGAGAACAACAAAAAUAACAAGCAAAUAAACCUGGACGACCCAUAGGGGCCCAGCUGUGGCGUCUGGAGCCAUGCAUCACUGAGAGCCCAUCUGGAGAGCGUGUGGUUUGGACAGUGAUGCCGGCGCCCGUUGAAGGCUCUUCAUUUGUAAUCUCGUUUUUCCUGUUUUGGGAACCCAUCACUGGAUGGGUACCCGGCGAAGGCCCCGGGUCUACUGAUGACAUCAUCACUGUCCAAUCCGCUCGCGUCCUGCAAGGAAGGUCCACACACACGAGAGACUGGAGCAACAGUGGCUGAAAGAUAUAUCGUAAUGAAGCCAGAGCAAAACAAACAUGAGCACACAGAUACACACUCACGCAAUCACACAGAGCCACACACACACACGCGCACACACACGCACACACAGGGCCACAGACACAGAGCCACACACAGCCAGCAUGGGGGACACGCAGAAACUAGAGACAAAUUUAAUUCCAACGUCUUCCAGGUUUAUUUCGGAUGUUUACAAUUUUCUGGUGCCUAGUACUGUAAAAAGAGGUUUUGUGCAUUAAAACGGUGAUCCUCCCUCCAUCUCUGCUGUAAUAUAUUGUGACCAGUUUUAACUGUAAGGGUUCCAUUUCAUCAGUCUUUCCUGUCUCUAUUUUUUUGUUUUCUGAGUUUUACAAUAUGUUUAUUUGGAAUAAACGGUUGUUCUCCUGGA